AUGGACGACGCGCAACAGGAGAGCGGCGCUGAGACGCACAAGCGUCGGAAGGAUGACGAGGACACAGAGUCAGAUAACGAGCGGACGAAAGGGGACGACGAUGAGGACGAUGCAGCCGAGGAAAAGCCGCUGGGGACUCGCAGUGGACCUGGAUCCAGCGUGGGCUCGAGUGGUGCGGCCUUCAGACAUACGAAGCUCACAGAUCUGGAACAACACGUGCGCAACCUGGAACGAGACAAUCUGCAUCUGAAACAGGCUUUGUUAUUGGGCAAAAAUGCGGCAGGUCGGAAUGCAGCAAGCGCUGCGUCGGCGCUAAGUAGUUUGGCUGGGUUACGUGGCAUGGGGGCGUCUGGAGUGCCCGGCGUGGAGAACCGCGCGAAUACGCAGAGACUAUUGGCGGAGAGGACGAAGGUGGUGACGGAGAUGGUGGAGCUGCUCAAUGCCGCGUAUCUGAGUCUGGGCGACGCAUCUCGAGUAUGGCAUGAAGACUGCCGGAUUGGUGUAGGCGUACGCGAAUGGGACGCGUUCGGACGUUUACAGACCAUCAGUCUGUGGAACAUAAUUCGCUCCGUGUUCACGAGUAUCGUGGUGGACAUCGUGGAGCUGCGACCGCAUUUGCCUGACGGGGAAAUGAUCCUGACCAAGUGGCGCAUACAGGGCGAGAUCGCGUCGGCGCAGCACCUGGAGCGCGUGUGUGCCUCGGAGGAUUGCCCAGCUACCAUGCGCGUGGCGUUGAUGGCGAUUAAAUCAUCGGAUUUGACGUUCACAGUCACUACAUACGUCGUUUUCCAGGAGCUGAGAAUCGCCCAGCAGCAUCACUGCUGGGAUCAAGUGGGCGUGUUUAAGCGGCUCUUUGGAGGAGAGAUCCCCUCCAGCGUACAGAAAAUGCUUAGCAUCGACGAUGAGACUGCAGCAGGACGCAAACAACCGCUGGAAGUGUAG